AUGUCGUACAAUUCCAGUGAUGAGCUCAGUGCCAUUGUCAUUGAUAAUGGUUCUGGUAUGGUGAAAGCAGGUUUCUGUGGUGAAGAUGCACCACGAGCUGUCUUUCCAGCUGCUGUAGGUCGACCACACUAUACUGCUAUCAUGCCUGGUAUGGGUAACAAAGAUUCGUAUAUUGGUGAUGAAGCACUAGCAAAAAAAGGCAUCUUAACUAUCCGUUAUCCAAUCGAACACGGCAUUGUUACCAAUUGGGAUGAUAUGGAGAAAAUCUGGCAUCAUACAUUUUACAAUGAACUUCGUGUUGCACCUGAAGAACAUCCAGUUCUUCUUACUGAAGCACCACUCAAUCCAAAAGCGAACCGUGAAAAGAUGACUCAAAUUCUUUUCGAGCAAUUCAACACACCUGCCAUGUAUGUGGCCAUUCAAGCUGUUCUAUCACUCUAUGCUAGCGGUCGAACAACCGGUAUUGUGUUCGAUAGUGGCGAUGGUGUAUCGCAUACAGUUCCCAUCUAUGAAGGGUAUGCUUUGCCACAUGCCAUCAGUCGUCUCGAUCUGGCGGGACGUGAUCUAACUGACUGGAUGGUUCGUUUGUUGACUGAACGCGGCUAUGCAUUCAACUCGACAGCCGAACGUGAAAUUGUGCGAGAUAUCAAAGAGAAACUAUCGUACGUUGCACUUGACUUUGAACAAGAACUCGGCACAGCGAGUCGAUCCAGUUCAAUUGAAAAGAACUAUGAAUUACCCGAUGGCCAAAUCAUUACCAUUGGCAACGAACGAUUUCGAUGUUCAGAAGCACUAUUUCAGCCAGCUGCUCUUGGUCGAGAAGAAGCUGGUAUUAGCGAAAUGGUGUACAACACUAUUAUGAAAUGUGAUAUCGAUAUUCGAAAAGAAUUGUAUCAAAAUAUUGUUCUUUCCGGAGGAACAACAAUGUUUCCCGGUAUGGCUGAUCGAAUGCAAAAAGAACUGACAGCAUUAGCACCAUCAGCGAUGAAAAUUCGCGUCAUUGCACCACCUGAACGAAAAUAUGCUGUGUGGAUUGGUGGUUCUAUUCUUAGUUCAUUAUCAACAUUUCAAACUAUGUGGAUAUCUAAGCAAGACAAAAGUAUGGAGAAUAAACGACCAGUUGUUAUUGACAACGGUUCUGGGAUAAUCAAGGCUGGUUUUGCGGGUGAUAGCCAUCCGUGCGCGAUUUUUAGUACUACUGUUGAUCGUCAUUCAUAUUCUCCGAUCAAUACAAAACAUGCCGGAUCGUUUCGAAAUGUAGCAGAUAAAAUAUCAGAUGCGAAAGAAUGUGCACAUAUCUAUUAUCCAAUAGAACAUGGCAUAGUGGCAAACUGGGAUGCCAUGGAAAAAAUCUGGUACCAGAUAUUCUACAACGAACUUUGUAUUGCACCCGAAGAACAUCCAGUUCUACUUACUGAGGUGCCACUCAACCCAAAAGGGAAUCGCGAAAAAAUGGUACAAGUCUUAUUUGAGAAUUUCCAAAUACCUGCACUGUAUGUGGCAAUUCAAGCUGUGCUUUCAUUCUAUGCAUCCGGUAGACGAGUUGGUAUUGUGCUCGACAGUGGCGACGGCGUUUCAAGCACUGUACCUAUUUUUGAUGGUUGUCCCAUCCAUCAUGCAAUAAAUCGUCUUGAUCUUGCUGGACGUGAUGUGACAAAUUCCAUGAUGCAACUGUUCACACAACGAAACUACUCCUUCUCGACUACAAGUGAACGUGAAAUAGUCCGAGACAUCAAAGAAAAACACUCGUAUGUUGCGCUAGACUUCGAAAACGAAUUAGCGAGUGAGAAGAACUACGAACUGCCUGAUGGUCAAGUGAUCACUAUUGGUAGUGAACGCUUUCGUUGUUCAGAACUACUUUUUCAACCAAGACUAUUCGGGUAUCAAGAAUUAGGUGUAGCUGAAAUACUCUAUGAUUCAAUUAAAAAAUGCAGUUCUGAACAGCAACAACAAUUUCUUCGAAGAAUAGUUCUUUCCGGCGGUACAACAGCGUGUCUCGGGUUUUCCGAUCGAGUGCUAAAAGAGCUCAGAGCUGUCAUUCCAUCUGUUCCUAGAAUUCGUAUCAUCGGACAGUCAGAACGAAUGCUUGCUACUUGGAUCGGUGGUUCAAUCAUUAGUUCAUUAUCAAUAUUUCCAACAAUGUGUAUAUCAAAGCGAGAAUAUGAUGAAUCUGGUCCAUCCAUUGAUUUACUAGACGAGAAAGAAAGGCACGUUGACAGUAUAAUGUCAUUCCUUUGGAAUGAUGACAUCAGUCGGAUUGUUGUUGAUAUUGGUUCUGGAAACAUUCAUGCUGGAUUUGCUGGCGAUGAUGCUCCUCGUGCAGUUAUUCCUAAUAUAAUUGGAUGUUGUCGGCGUCAAAGUUCGUCUCCAACAGAAACAGGUCAGACGGAUUCAUUGAUUGGAUAUAAAUUAUUGACCAAAAAAGAAUAUUAUAACAUUCGUUAUCCAAUUGAACAUGGAAUAGUGUCAAACUGGGAUGACAUGAAAAUGGUAUUGGAUCACAUAUUCCAUAGUGAGCUUAACAUCCGACCAGAAGAACAUCCAAUUUUACUAUCCGAGCCAUCAUUAAACCCAAUAGGACAUCGAGAAAGAAUGACACAGCUAAUGUUCGAACAGUUCAAACUUCCUGGAAUGUACAUAGCCAAACAAGGUAUUCUUUCAUUUUACACAUUGGGCCGAUCAUCGGGUAUUGUUAUUGAGAGCGGAGAUGGUGUUACACAAACAUUACCCAUAUGUGAAGGAUAUGCAAUGCAUCGUGGAAUAACACGUUUAGAUCUUGGUGGACGUGAUUUAACUAAUUGGAUGGCAAGAUUAUUGGCUCAACGUGGUUAUGCUUUUGCCACGGCAGCUGAACGAGAAAUAGUUCGAGAUAUGAAAGAAAAACAUAGUUACAUCGCUUUAGAUUAUGAUGAGGAGAUGACAUUAACAAAACGAUCAAGAAACUUUCAUAAAAGUUAUCAAUUACCCGAUGGUCAAGAAAUAACUAUUAGUAACGAACGUUUUCAAUGUCCUGAAGCACUCUUUAAUCCAAAACUGAUGGGUGAAACAGAACCAGGUAUAGCUGACCUAGUCUAUAAUGCAAUAAUGAAUUGCGAUAUUGAUAUCAGACGUGAUAUGUUCUGUAAUAUUCUUAUGUCCGGAGGAAACACGAUAUUCCCCGGUAUUGCUGAUCGAAUGAAAAAAGAAUUAACAGCGAAAGCUCCACCAAGCGAGAAAGUUCGAGUAGUUGCCGCGCCUGAACGAAGGUAUUCGGCAUGGAUCGGUGGUUCAAUUUUGGCUUCGUUAUCAACAUUUCAAAAGAUGUGGAUUUCAAAAGAGGAGUAUGACGAUGUUGGUCCAACGAUUGUACAUAGGAAAUGUACGUAA